CAGCGCCUGCGCAGUGAGGCGGGGCCGGGUGGGGGCGGUGCGCGGUGGCCGUCAGCUGACUGUGGCGGCGACUGCCUCGGGUGACGACCGUCGGCGUUGCAGAUUCCGGCCGUGCGGAAGAGCGCGUCUGUCUCUGGACCCUGGGUCGGCGAGGCGCAGGGGCGGCCGCAGCACCAUGGCGACCACCGUCAGCACGCAGCGCGGGCCGGUGUACAUCGGUGAGCUCCCGCAGGACUUCCUGCGCAUCACGCCCACUAGGCAGCAGCAACAGGUCCAGCUGGAUGCCCGGACAGCCCAACAGCUGCAGUAUGGAGGGGCAGUGGGUGCUGUGGGCCGCCUUAAUGUCACCGUGGUACAGGCAAAGUUGGCAAAGAACUAUGGCAUGACCCGCAUGGACCCCUACUGCCGCUUGCGCCUGGGCUACGCAGUGUACGAGACACCCACAGCCCACAAUGGUGCCAAGAACCCGCGCUGGAACAAAGUCAUCCACUGUACUGUGCCCCCAGGCGUGGACUCCUUUUAUCUCGAGAUCUUUGAUGAGCGAGCCUUCUCCAUGGACGACCGCAUUGCCUGGACCCACAUCACCAUCCCCGAGUCCCUGAAGCAGGAGGGCGCAGUGGAGGACAAGUGGCACUGUUUGAGUGGGCGGCAGGGCGAUGACAAGGAGGGCAUGAUCAACCUGGUCAUGUCCUACUCGCUGCUGCCAGCCGCGAUGGUGAUGCCACCUCAGCCGGUGGUGCUGAUGCCGACCGUGUACCAGCAGGGCGUCGGCUACGUGCCCAUUGCAGGGAUGCCUGCUGUCUGCAGCCCUGGCAUGAUGCCUGUAGCUGUGCCACCGCAAGCCGUGAAUGCCCAGCCUCGCUGCAGCGAGGAGGAUCUGAAAGCCAUCCAGGACAUGUUUCCCAACAUGGACAGGGAGGUGAUCCGCUCUGUGCUGGAAGCCCAGAGAGGGAACAAGGACGCUGCCAUCAACUCCCUGCUCCAGAUGGGCGAGGAGUCAUAGGCCCACCCUGUACUGCCCGGCCCACUGGACCCGCCACCUGUGGGUUCCAGGAAGCUCUGUCCCAACAAGACUCCUAUGAAAAGCCCCCAUGGCCCUUGGACCUCUGUGCCACCCUGUUCACACCUGCUCUGGGGCGCAUGUGGGUUUCAUGCUCUCUGUUGGUCCUAGAGGGCAAGUCCCGCCUGGUCUGGGGUGGGGGGUGGGCCCGUUGCUGGCGCUCACUCCCCUGUUGAUUGGGGCUGGUGUCUUCCCUCUUGCUGUUACUGGAAAACACUCUUGUAGAAAGUGAUUGCUGUCAGGAAUUGUUGGACACCCUUCAGAUCUGAUCAGUGUCAGUUAUUUGACUUAGUUGGGACAGACUUGUUAAUUUUAAGGCACACAGAAUCCAUUCACAGUGAUUUGUGGGUUAUUUUUGGAACUGCCAAGCUGAAACUCACAUCCUUCCCCAAUGCUCUGUCUGCCCGGCCGCCCUGUGUCUGAUCCUUACGAGCUGAGCUGGGGCUGUCUCUUGCCUCCCACCGCGUCACUGUCCUGCCACCCACCUGUGUGAGGGCAGAGGGAGGCCACCCCAGCAUGUGGAGGGAGCCGUGUGGCAGCCACUCCUGCCUGUCCCCUUGCCCUGUGCCUGUGUCCUGCCCGUCCUGCCGCAGGCUGCUCCUCGAGAGUCUGCAGCAGGGCUCAGGCGAGGGUGGGAUCACAGGCGCAGCCCUAUACCUGCUCAGGGGGCCUGGGCUCUGCUGGCACCUGUGCUACAGAUGGGUUUGGGGAGGAGUGGAAAUCUGGCAGAUGUAAUGUUCAGGCUGGAGGCACCCACAGCUCUGGUCUGCCAGUCACCAUGUGGAACAUAGUGGGUCGUGGGACAGAUUGGGGAUGCCUAGUUGUGGAAAUCAGGGACUUGGGAGGUUUCUCAGGAGUGAUGCACUUUAAAUAACAGCAUUUAGCGCACCCGUCACACAUCUGUAAUGUCCAUGGUUCUGCAUUAAAUCACAGUUGCUGGUC